AUGUCACUCACCUCUAGUGCUUGGAUCUUCGUGAACAUCCUGCUCUUGCUCCCAUCAGUUUCCCCAGUCUCUGCCGCUUCCCACGCCAUCCCAAUUAAUGGUACAUGUCAUGACACAUGCGGCACUAUCACCAUAAAGUUCCCAUUCGGCACUGGUUUUGGAUGUGGGCAUCCUGACUUUGCCAGGUACAUAAAAUGCAGCUCUGGGACACUCCAGUUCUCUACUGGCACUGGCAUUUACACUAUUUCCUCCAUCGACUACCCGAGCAGCACCAUAUUUGUUACAGACCCCCUUAUGUCAACUUGUUCUUCAAUGCAAAACUCUGGGAGCUUCAGCUUAGAUAGGGCAAGCCCCUUCACUAUAACUGAAGAUGAUAUCUUUGUUUUGCUCGGUUGCUCUACAACCUCUCCUGUGUUUGAUCUUGAUGAAGAGCUUUGUGAUACUGGCUCAGGUUCUCGUAUCUGUAGAGGGCUGUAUUCUUGCAAGGGAGUGACAGGCAUUGGACUGCCACAAAAUGCGCCCAUUUCCACAUGUUGUGUUUAUGACUCUCCGAGUGGCCUUGGGUCAGGUUAUGCUUUGGACCUUCCGAAGCUCCAGUGUUCAUCAUAUACAUCAAUAUCUGGGUUUGGGGAUGAUGCUGGGGAUCCGAUGCAAUGGAAAUUUGGAAUCUCUUUGCAAUAUAAUGAUUCGUAUUCUACUGAUAAGUGUAAGGAUUGUGAAGCAAGUGGGGGUUUGUGCGGUUUUGCUGGCUUGGACCAGUCAUUUGCCUGUAUUUGUAGAAAUGGGGUGAACAGCAGCAACAACUGCCUCGGACGAGGGUUUGCUUGGAGCGGGACAGUGAGACUAAAAAUUCAAAUGGAGAUGGUUCUUGGAGGAUUUUGGUUCUUGUGGAUGUUGCUAUUGCUUUGA